AUGGAGCUAGUGACUUAGACUCAGGGCCCAUUCCUCGCACACUUUUGAACCCCAUCAAUUGACUGCUUCGGCUGGUACUGCUGCGGCUGCUGUUGGUACUAAGAAGUGCCCCUUGGCCCCAUCUUGAGUCAUUUGCGCACUUUCUACCGUGCAUUCUGCACACAACGCUAUUGUGACUGGGUGCCGGCCGGGACUUAGAAGAAGCGCCGACAAAGACGAGCAGAUAUUGCGGGAUACGUACAUGAUAGCUUAGCGGCUUGGUGUUCUGGGCCCGAGUCUGGGGCUCGCAUCAAUUGGCAUCCGGCUGUCAAUCCAACUUAGGGCCGAGCACAAGCUUUCACAUCUUCAUCGCCAUAACACAUCGAACGGAACAAAAUCAUGUCGUACCGAGAGGAACCCUACCGUCUCGAUGCCGGUGUCCUUGGGCGCAUUGAAGGUAUAACUUUUGCAUCAGGGGCUAGCCCUGCAGCUUACUACUUUGGAGGUCUGCCAUACGCUUUGCCUCCGACUGGUGAAUUCCGUUUCCGAGUCCCUCGCAAACUUCCAAAGGGGUACAAGUACGGCACAGCUGCCAAUCCGGGACGUUUCACAGGGGGCACGGGUAUUUGUCCACAGCCUCCAUGUCGUGCCCCGCCAGAGAGGGCUCACUUCGAUGAGGAUUGCCUUCAACUGAAUAUUUGGAUCCCAUCAGGACCUCCACCAGAGAACGGAUGGCCUGUGCUGUUCUACCUCCAUGGAGGGUUUUUGCAAUGGGGUAGUGCCAAUUGGCGGCCUUUGUCUCUGGUGCCACUGCUCGAGGAUUCGGCCUUCAGGGGCAUUCUGGUCUUGCCAUCCUACAGACUGAAUGCGUUCGGCUUCCUGGCGAGCUCUGAGCUAGCUGCAGAGGCAAAAGCCAAUGGCGAGCCUUUCGGCAACCUCGGGCUCUGGGAUCAAAGAGCUGCUCUCGAAUGGACACACGAAAACCUCGCGGGUUUUGGAGGAGAUCCAACAAAUAUCACCAUCUCUGGCUACUCAGCCGGCGGCUACUCCGCUUUCCAGCAGCUGGGUCACGAGCUAUUCUGUCUUCCAGCUGAGAAGGGCAUCAUCAAAAGACUCGCAAUGUGGUCCAAUGGCCCAGGCGUCACACCGAGGAGUCUGGAGGAGCAGCAGGUCCAAUUCGAUGAAUUCCUUCAGAAACUAGGGAUUCCCCUUGAUCUGACGGCUGAGGAGAAGCUGUCAAAGCUUCGCAGCCUUCCAUAUGAGAAUUUGAUGGAAGUCCAGGCCGGCAUGAGGAUUCACGAGUUCCGGCCCGUCUCUGAUGGCGUGUUUUACCAUCAAGACUUGAUGAACAAGAUCAACAAUGGGGAUUUCGGGCGAGCGAUGAAGAAGCGAGGGGUCAAACUACUCAAUGGAGAGUGCAAGGACGAGCACACUGUCUAUCGCAACUGGCGGACGCCAGACAACUCGUAUGAAGCUGUUUACAGGCGGCUUUGCACCGAGUAUCCAGAAUCAGUCGCAUCCAAGCUUAUGACACACUACUGCGGCUCGAGCAAAGACCUACCCUCUGGCUUUGAGAACUGGCAGGUCCUUUUCGGGCACAUGUACGCCAAUAUGCAGGUCCACGGACUUGAGCGAGGUCUUCACAAGGCAUUAUGCAAAGGUGGUCUCGUUCCCGGGACAGACCUGCUUCGAUACCGUUUCGAACGGCGGCUGGACUGCAUCAAAGAAGCAUUCCCUGUGUCCAUGGGCGUGACGCAUUCGAGCGACGUUCCCAUCUGGUUCUGGGGCGCUGCUGACUUCUCAGGCCUGCUGGAGGAAGAGAAAAGGAUGCUGAAAGGCUGGAACGAGGGUUUCAUGGCGUUUGUGAAAGGUGAAGAGGUCGUCUGGGGCCCGAGCACGAUUACGCAGAUGAGGAGGUGGAGAGCUGACGGAGAGACUGAUGUGUGGCAAGACGAGGCGUGGCAGGCGGGUCAGGAUCUCUGGGAAUUGGUGAACCAAGGUGCUUCGAGUCAAACCCUCUAGAUCCUUUUAAAUCAAGAUGGAGCAGAGAUAGAUGAGGUACGGGUACGUUAGGUUGCGUACCACCCUCAGUACAUGAAGAUGUACACAACUGUACGUGAUGAUGGGGGGAGGGAAAGGAAGGGAACACCCGUGUGCAGGUGCCGGCAGGACCCCAACAAUACCUUAUUACCAGCGCAGGCGACUGAACACCCCUGUCGCUGUCAAGACCUCGCGCCAACUGGCGCGACAAUUAGAACAUGUCCUCUGGAGAGGUAUCAUGAGGAGGGAUGGACCAAAAUUAUCGCGUUUUCUUAUCUCUCUCCCGUACCAGGCGCAUCCGUCUCAGCGCCCAAAUG